GUAUAUAUCUGGGGGUAAUCUUAGUUUCUGUGUUGAAGACCUGCAAAACUGUAAGAGAUUUAGAAGUGUACUAGGAAAGAGAAAAUGGGUGAGAUUCUGAGUGAAUUGAACAGUGUUUCGGUGGAAAACAAUGUUGUGAGUCAGAAUUCUGAUGAGUUUAAAGUGUCGGUGUUUGGAGAACAAGUGUUGGCUGGUCAAGGUGUUCAUGUCAAUGGGCAUAAUCAACACGACCAGCAGCUUCACCAGGGCGGUGGUAAUAACAACACAUUGCUUGCUUUGCAAGAAAUCCCUGGAAAUUUACCUCCUUUUACAGUUAGUAAUGGCGAUCCUGUUUUUGGUAACGAGGUGGUGGAAAGGGUGAGGGAGAAACCUAAGCUUAUCGUCACUAAUGAUAUCAAACCUCGCCUCCGAUGGACUAGUGAACUCCAUUCUUACUUUGUUGAAGUUUGCAAUCGGCUUGGUGGCCCUCAGAGAGCAACACCAAAGGCUGUCCUGGACCUGAUGGAUAUUGAUGGACUCAAUCUUUUCCAUGUCAAGAGUCAUUUACAAAAAUAUAGACUGGGCAAAUAUGCAGAUAAGGAUUCGACUGAGGGAGGCCAAACUGGAACCUUCGGAAGUUCAAGCAGUGCUAUUCCUUUACCAUUGUGUACCAAUCAGUAUAACAGGAGAGCUAAAAGAAAUCUCAAAAAUACUCAUGGAGAACUCUAUCUGAAACUUCAGAUGAGCAUCCAGGAUAUGGGAGCUAAAAAAUUGGAGGCUGAGAGGAAUGUUCAAAGGUGUCUGGAAGAACAAAGGAGGUACCUACAAACCGCCCUGGAACGCGCGUGCAAGACGCUUGCCAAUCAGUAUCUAGGUGAUGCAGCUGCUGUGGAAAAUGCAAUCUUGUAUGGGCAAGCCUCGGCUGGUCUAGGAAAUUUCGCGACAAUACCAGUUGGUCCAUCGGGUUUUGGAACAUCAGCCACGAGAGUGCCACCGUUUUAUUCUGAGCAGCAGAAUGCAUAUCCUACAUAUAACAACACACUGACAACCCCAGCCAACCUUGGCCUUCAAGAGCAACCUGUUGGUUAUCAGCUACAAACUUCAUUUAGCCCUGCACCUCAAGGCAAUAUCUCAACUUCAAAUGGCUAUUCUGGAAGUUCACCACAUCAGGAAACUUUGGCUGCAGCUGCUGCCUACACGGACUGGCUUGUUGAUGAAGAUCUUAUACAAACUUCAUUUAGCCCUGCAACUCAAGGCAAUAUCUCAACUUCAAAUGGCUAUUCUGGAAGUUCACCACAUCAGGAAACUUCAGCUGCAGCUGCUGCCGACACAGACUGGCUUGUUGAUGAAGAUCUUAUACAAACUUCAUUUAGCCCUGCACCUCAAGGCAAUAUCUCAACUUCAAAUGGCUAUUCUGGAAGUUCACCACAUCAGGAAACUUCGGCUGCAGCUGCUGCCAACAUGGACAGGCCUGUUGAUAAGGAUCUUAUACAAACUUCAUUUAGCCCUGCACCUCAAGGCAAUAUCUCAACUUCAAAUGGCUAUUCUGGAAGUUCACCACAUCAGGAAACUUCAGCUGCAGCUGCUGCCGACACGGACUGGCCUGUUGAUGAAGAUCUUAUACAAACUUCAUUUAGCCCUGCACCUCAAGGCAAUAUCUCAACUUCUAAUGGCUAUUCUGGAAGUGCACCACAUCAGGAAACUUCGGCUGCAGCUGCUGCCGACAUUGACUGGCCUGUUGAUGAAGAUCUUAUACAAGCUUUCUUUAACUGGGAUGAUAAUGAACCAAUGAACCUCGAUGCUAGCUUGUAACUUGGAUCAUAUUUAAGGUUUUCUGGCACCUUUUAAGUAAAACUGUGUUAAAAAGAAUAGCUGCUUUCAGUUGUAAGUUUCAAAGACCAUUUCACCCUUGUCUAAGACUGGUAAAGUCCGUAACUCUUUCUGUCUGUCUGUAAAUAUGAAAGAAAAAUAGUUGACAUAGUUAUACUUAAAGACAA